GGGCGCCCGGCAGCAGCGGCGGCGGCCACAGCAGCCUCCGCGGCGGCCGCGGCAGGACUGGAAGCGCCGGCGGCGGUUGAGGGGCUCGAGGCGGCGGCGGCGGCGGCGGCGCGCGGGCAGCUUCGAGGAAGAAAGAAGCCUGCAGCAUCCACCUAUGAAGACCGUGCAGACAGUCCUGAAUAGUAAUUGUGGGUGGCGUGGCUGCCAGGCUGCUUCCGAGCCGCGUCUGCAAUGAACUUCUCCUAUUGAUUGUUUUGAUUGGCCCAGAGCCAGGAGUCCUGGCUUCACCUGACUUCAGGAUAAAAAGAAAACAGUCUUGGUUAUCAUCCUAAACAUAUGAACCAGUGUGAUGGUGAAAUGAGAUGAGGCUCCGAAAUGGAACUGUAGCCACUGUUUUAGCAUUUAUCACGUCGUUCCUUACUUUAUCUUGGUAUACUACGUGGCAAAAUGGGAAAGGGAAUAUUGAUGGCAAGAAGAAUGGAGAAAAACUGAUUGCUUAUCAACGAGAAUUUCUUGCUUUAAAAGAACGGCUCCGAAUAGCUGAACACAGAAUCUCUCAGCGGUCUUCCGAACUCAAUGCCAUUGUACAGCAGUUCAAGCGUGUAGGAGCAGAAACAAACAGAAGUAAGGAUACGGUGAAUAAAUUUUCAGACGGCACCCUAAAGCUCCUGAGGGAGCUAACAAGCAAAAAAUCUCUUCAAGUGCCAAGUAUUUAUUAUCAUUUGCCUCAUUUAUUACAAAAUGAAGGAAGCCUUCAACCUGUUGUGCAGAUUGGUAAUGGAAGAACGGGAGUUUCAAUAGUAAUGGGAGUUCCCACAGUGAAGAGAGAAGUUAAAUCUUACCUCAUAGAAACUCUUCAUUCCCUUAUUGAUAAUCUGUAUCCUGAAGAGAAGCUGGACUGUGUUAUAGUUGUCUUCAUAGGAGAGACAGAUAUUGAUUAUGUAAAUGGUGUUGUAGCCAACCUGGAGAAAGAAUUUUCUAAAGAAAUCAGUUCUGGCUUGGUGGAAAUAAUAUCACCUCCUGAAAGCUAUUAUCCUGACUUGACAAACUUAAAGGAGACAUUUGGAGAUUCUAAAGAAAGAAUAAGAUGGAGAACAAAGCAAAACCUCGAUUAUUGUUUUCUAAUGAUGUAUGCUCAGGAAAAGGGUACAUAUUACAUCCAGCUUGAAGAUGAUAUUAUUGUCAAGCAGAAUUACUUCAACACCAUAAAAAAUUUUGCACUUCAACUUUCUUCCGAGGAAUGGAUGAUACUUGAGUUCUCCCAGCUGGGCUUCAUUGGUAAAAUGUUUCAAGCGCCAGACCUCACUCUGAUUGUGGAAUUCAUAUUUAUGUUCUAUAAGGAGAAACCCAUUGAUUGGCUCUUGGACCAUAUUCUGUGGGUGAAAGUCUGCAACCCUGAAAAAGAUGCAAAACAUUGUGAUCGACAGAAAGCAAAUCUGCGGAUUCGCUUCAGACCUUCUCUUUUCCAACAUGUUGGUCUGCAUUCUUCACUAACAGGAAAAAUUCAGAAACUCACGGAUAAAGAUUACAUGAAACCAUUACUUCUUAAGAUCCAUGUAAACCCCCCUGCAGAGGUAUCUACUUCUCUGAAGGUCUACCAAGGACAUACACUGGAGAAAACUUACAUGGGGGAGGAUUUCUUCUGGGCUAUAACUCCAGUAGCUGGAGACUACAUCCUGUUUAAAUUUGACAAGCCAGUCAAUGUGGAAAGUUAUUUGUUCCAUAGUGGUAACCAGGAACAUCCAGGGGAUAUUCUGCUCAACACAACUGUAGAAGUUUUGCCUUUGAAGAGUGAAGGUUUGGAAAUCAGCAAAGAAACCAAAGACAAACGAUUAGGAGACGGUUAUUUCAGAAUAGGGAAAUUUGAGAAUGGUGUUGCAGAAGGAAUGGUGGAUCCCAACCUAAACCCCAUCUCAGCAUUCCGACUUUCAGUUAUUCAGAAUUCUGCUGUUUGGGCCAUUCUUAAUGAGAUUCAUAUUAAAAAAGUCACGAACUGACUAUCUCCUAAGAAACCAACACAUUUUUUCCCUGUGAAUUUGUUGAUUAAAGAUGGCUGAGCAUGUACCGUUUUUUGGUAACUUGAAUUCUACCUCUUGUGAAAUCUACUGUAGAUAAGAUGAUUGUCAUUUCCACUCGGAAAAUGAAUCUUCCAUGGAUCAUUGUAUUCAUUCGAACCUAAGCUGUCCUCCAGUUUUAACUUGACUCAGACAUUUUACAGUUAUGACAGCCUGUUAAUAUGACUUGUACUAUUUUGGUAUUAUACUAAUACAUAAGAGUUGUACAUAUUGUUACAUUCCUUAAAAUUUGAGAAAAAUUAAUGUUAAAUACAUUUUAUGAAGGGGGUACUUUUGAAGUUCAUUUAUUUUAAUAUUAUAGACCCUCUUUUAUAGAUUAUCAGGGAUUAUAUAUAUAUAUAUAUAUACACACACACACAAAUAUACAUAAAAUGCUACGGAGUUAAUUUAUUAGAAACACUUAAGAAGUACAUAUUUUUGUGCAGUAAAUUUUUGAAUCAAUACUUUUUUUGAAAACCAGUUACCUUGCUUUUUUAAGUUCUUUCUAUAUUUUUCUUUGGAAAUGCAAACAUUACAAGUUAAUGCCAUUUUUCAAAUGCACUGCCAUUUAAGAAUGAUUCUAGAUUGAUUUCCUAACUGAAGUACUUUUAUAAUCACAGUGAUUCUGAACAAAAUAUUUUCAAAGGCAUUUGUCAUUCCUUAAAGCCAAGAUUUUAAAGACCAAUGUCCUUUUUGAGGGUUAUUUUACUAUACUGUGUAUGGUGUGUAGUCACAAAAAAUCAGUCUGAUAAAUUUUAAUGUGCAGGGGUGAUGCAUUCAACGCAAAUUAUCAUAGACUGAAGUCAUUACAUUUCCUUUGAUAUGUAAAAUGACAGACUCUUCUCUUUUAAUCUUUGUCUUUAAUCCAUGAAUUAGAGGCAUUUUCUCUUUCCUUGAUGCUUUUAUAUCUGCACUCCGUGAGUUCUGACAAAAUGUUUUCUAGGUAAUGCUAUUGUAUGAGUCAUAAUUGGUUUAAUUUUAAAGAAAAACAAAAUUGUAAUGUUGGUUUUUUGGUGAAAGGUAUUGUAACAGUUGUAUGUUUUUCCAAAAUUAUUCUAUUGCAUUAUGAACUUGUAAGUAAAUUCACAUCUGGAGUAUUUAUUGCUCUUAAACAUGCAAAUUCCACAUGAUAUCACUACUAUAAACAAAAAUACUAUCAGCCUUAGCAAUCGGUGAUCUUUACAAAAGUCUUUUACUUUUACAAAAUUAUGAAUUAUCAACAUCAGUUCCCAACCAGCCUGGUGUCCUCAGGUGGGUUGCAGGCGGUUACAGGUGUGCAGAGCUUGAAUCUCUUGACCUUUCAGAGUAGCCAGUGGCUGAGGCCUCUGGCAGCUGAAGGUUCUAGCUGGUUGCCUUUAGCCUGGAGGAGCGUCACCUGGUUACCCAGCAGGCUGAACAAACAGCUUCCAGACAGCCUUGUUUUCUGUGCAGGGUUAUGCAGUGAAAAAGGUUGGGAAACACUGAUAGGGUAUAAUUAUUUCCAUUACUCCGUAUUUGAAUAAUUCUUAGUUACGUCUCUUGAUUAAAAAGUUACAUGUUGCCAACAAUGAUUUCUUUAUGUCCGAGUCCAGUUAAAAAUUUUUAUUGAGGUUUUUAAAUUUUACUUUUUAUUUUCUUUAAUUUACGUUUUAUUUCCUUCCCAAAUCUCCUUGGCCCAGCGCCUAACAGGGAAAUGUCACUGCAAAAGCAUAAACCUUUCAUUACAAAAUUGUGGCACCAGCUUCACAUACUCAAUUACUGCUGUAACAAAUAAGUAUCAGGAGGUAAAAAUCUGGAGGAAUCCCCUUGUUUCCCUGCUUCCCAAGUAGCUAACUCUGAUUUGAGGAAGAAAGGCCACGCUCUGAGUCUAGGGAGGUGACAGUAAUUGCAGCUCCUGGCCAUUGGGUGUCUCAGUCUUGAGACUGAGCCUUACUUACCCAGCCAGCUUUGUCCUGUUUUUGUGCUCAGUCUCCCCUCCCAGGCUUAGCUCAUCCCUCCUGUUCCUGAGAAGACUUUCAGCCAAACCUUAUCCAUCUUUCAAGGACUCUCCUGUGCACUCCUUCCUCCCCAUGGAUUUGUUACCAGUGCCUCGUUGAGCCCAGAAUAGUGCCUGACACGUGGCAGGUGCCCAGGUAGCGUCUGGGGAAGGGGACCAACUGUUCCAGCCCACACUCCUCUUUCUUUUUCUUAACUCUCUUUACCUACUGUCCUUGCCACACACACACACACACACACACACACACACACACACACACACACACACACUCAGCUGUCUACUUUGCUUGUGGCGAGUGUGUGUGCACAUACACGUAAUCACUCUGGCCAAAUGUCAAGCUCCUGCAGGCAAGCCUGUAAGUCAUGCUUCCUAGCUUCCUCUGCUGCACAGGUGCUCACGGACCCUCGUGUUAGCUGCGCUCUCCUUUCCCCCAGUUGCCACUAGACAAUUAGAAGCACCCAGCCUUGCCUCAAGCAAGCGAUUAUAGUGGUUGCCCUUAAGAGUCAUGUUAGGGACUAAAGUAUUGGGACAGAAGAUGAGGGGACCUGGAACGAGAGAAGGUACAUACUUGACCUUGAGUGGACACUGAACCACUUUUACCCAGAGUGAGUGGGGAAAAGUACAAAUGGCGGGACUAAUUUUAUUUUUACAUAUGUAUAUGGCAUGAUGUCUCUGGAGCUGCACUGUCCUCCACAGUAGCUACUGGACACAGGGUGGCUAUUUAAGUUUAAAUUAAUAAAACAUUCAGCUUCUCAGUCACGCUAGCUCCCUAUGGCUAGUGGCCACUGGGUUAAACAGCACAGAUACAGAACAUCUCCAUCAUCACAGAAAAUUCUGUAGCACAGCAGUGUGUCAAGAGCGCUAAUAUGAACAUUUUAGAAUCCAGAAUAACGAAUUCCCAUCAUGAGGCUAAAAGCAGACAUGCAGAAUAUAUCGUAGUGCAAAUGAUGAUGAGUAUUUCGGGUGAGAAGAGAAGGUUGAGGACCUAAUUCCAGGAUUCUAAGAUCCAGUUUCUAAGUUCUUUAAGUCUCCUGCGUUCUUUACAGCAUUCACUGUCCCUACUAUGUAGUCCAAAAAGAGUGACAACUUGAGGAUGAGGUUCCAAAACUCGUGUGAUUGACAAGCUUUGGGAAAUGUGAACGCACAUGGAUUUAGCACACAGCCUAUAGACAUGUACGUGAAGGUUAAUUCGGCUGCUGGAGAUGUCUUUGGACAAGCUUUUUAAGUCAAUUGCAUUUGUAAAUAAUUAGAAGAUGUUAUUUUAAAAACUUCAGCAACGCUAUGGAGGCUUCUUUUUAAAUAUGUCAUAAUAAUGAAAAAAGUUGUCUUCCAACAGUGCUGUCCUCAAAGACAAGUGUGGUUAUAUGGAAAGAGCAUGUUUGGAGAGAUUGCUCUAAUUAAUAGCAGUGAAUGUUUGUAGCAGCCAGAAUUCAUGGAUGACCCCCCUGCCCAAUGACUUUGUAUAUCCUAACCCUUUGAGUAUGUGUGGAACCUGUGAGUAUGAUCCAUAAUUACGUUGUACAGCAAAAAGGAGAUUAUCUGGGGACAGCUAAUCUAAUCAGGCGAGCGCUUUAAAAGCAGAGUUUUCUCAGGCUGUCAGCAGAAGUCAGAUUCAAAGCAGGACUUGCGGCACCAUGGCUGGUUUAAGAUGGAGGUGGCCGCAUGAGAAGGGAUGCAGAUGGUCUUAAGCUGAGAGGCCCCAGCUGACGGCCAAGAGAAUGGAAACUGCAGUCCUGCAGCCACAGGAACUGAACUCAGCCACCAACCGGAAGGAGUGUGCAGGUGGACUCUCCUCCAGCAGCUAAGAGCUCAGCCCCAACACCGGAUUCCAGCCAUGUGAAUCUCUAAGCAGAGAGCUCAGUCCUGCCUGCCUGGACUUCUGGCCUACAGAGCUGUGAGAUAAUAAAUGGGUGUUGUUUUACGCUUUUAAAUUUGCCGUGAUUUUAUGCAGCAAUAGAAAAUGAAUACGAUUUUAAAAGAGGUGAAGCGGAGAAGGCUUCCUACUUGAUCCCCUCUGGUAUGUUGGGUAUUUCUUGAUAAACUUAUGAAUAAAGUCUUGCACUAGCAGAUCAUAUACACAGGCCUCAUCUGGGAUUCUCUCCCAGAGACCUCAGUUAAUCCUCUUUGGCAGGUUGUUGGCAAAAACUUGCAGCACCUUUGUAGCGUUUCAUGAAGGAACCGCUAGCAUGAGAUUGCAGGAGCAGGAUCCAGUGAGUAAGGAAUCUUUUUCCUGGAAUAGGUGUCACUUUAUGUUGAUUUAGGCUGCUCUGAGCCUGUCAGUUAUUUAAGAAUGAGGAACAGUGAUAUUUUAAGUAAGACAUUAAGAGAAAAAAAAUAUUUAUGCUUUUAUGUAGAGACCAAAUAAUCUACUCUGUAUUGAAGGACUUUUUUUUUUUUUUAACCAAAA